AUGUCGUCCUCUAAUCCGCGAGGACACCCCCCAAAUUCACGAUAUAAUGAUAGGAACGAAUACACAGACUACGGAAAAUCACGAAGGAAAAAUUUUUACUCCCUUUCUAAUUCAAAUACUACUGCUACCUCAGCGUCCACACCAGUUGUGAACAAUCAAUCUGCUGCUCCUAAUUCCUCAUUGUCAAGGCGAGAUUACAAGAGCAAUGGUCCUGGUUCAUCCUCUUUAACACAUUCAAAGGAUUACAAUAUACCGACAACAUCAUCUGCAUCUGCAUCACACAAAUCUUUUGGAAGACGAAGUCUAAGUGGUAGACCGAAUAUACCGCCUAAUGGAGCCAAUGCAGCUGGUACCGGUGAAUCUGGUGCUUAUUCUGCCUCGUCAUCAUCAUACUACUAUCCCGGUUAUGGAAACUACUCAAAUGACUACUAUCGAGGUGAUAGUUGGAGAAGUGAACGUAAGUCUAGCGGGGAUUCCCGUGUGUCUACUUCCAACAAACCUAUUUCAGCAGGAGGCCAGGCGUCUCUUUCUGGCUCGGGGCCUAAUUCAUCCUACUACCAACAAUAUCAUAGAGUAUCAAAUGGUUCCGAAUUUCGAAGUAGUAAAGAUAGAUACGAUUCAUAUGUUCAAGACCAAUCACAUUCACCCACUUCAUCAAUAUCCUCCUCAUCGAUAAACACCAGCAAGUGGAAAACUAAUAGAAGUUCAUUAACCAAUUCCUUAAGAUAUAGUUCAAAGGAUAGAAUACGAGGAAGUGGUAGUGGUAGUGGUGCCGUUAAUGCUUUUGGAACCGUAUCUGGUAGUAAUAGUGUGCCUAUUGGUUCAGGUAAGUCAACUCGGGCAAGUGGAGGUCCUACUGCUGCUGAUACGUAUUAUCCAUCCCGUUAUUCCUCGGUUUCAUCAUUAUAUUCCAAUCCUAAAUUAGUCGACCGUUAUUCUUCCUUAAAGAGAAGUUAUCAUGAUUACUCUAAACCACGAGAUGAUAAACGUAGGUUUAGUCUGAAGUAUGAAUCAAGAAAAGAUAUUGGUCCUGGUAAUAGAGCAAGUCUUUCCAAUGUUUCUACAUCAUAUCCAUUGAAAGAGGAAAAUAUUACCAAAGAAGAAGAAGAACAACAACUGCCUGAUUCAGUGUCCCAAGCGGAGCCUGAGCAGCAUGAAGAAGACAUGGAAGAUAAGGACGAAGAAGAACUUGAUGAAGACCUUGAUGAAGAAGACAAUGAGGAAAACGACGAAGAAGACUAUUCAUUUGAACCAACUGAUUUGAAAUUGAAUGAAGGUAAACCUGAUGUCGAUAACGAACUGAUUUUGGAGAUUGAAGUUUCUACAAAAGUUGAACCUACACCUAAAGUUGAAGAAAUCAAGGUUGAAACCAAAUCUGAACCGGUUAUUAUUCCACCGCAGCCUGAGGAUGAAGACUAUUAUCCAGAUGGAUGCAGAUACCCCUUGAACAAACUCGAGACUGAAUAUGAGGCAUUAAAGAAGAAGUAUGAACAGGAAACGCUAGCGUAUUCAAAGAAUGGAAUGUCAUACUUAAAAUAUUCUUUGGCUAAACCUAUAAGUAAUCUUGAAGAUUUCCCCUUUUUCCGUGAUAAUUUCAAAGUAUUUAUCCAAGUCAAAGGUAGAUUAAUUGAUAGUCUCAAGGAUAAGAAUGCCAAGAUUCACAAAAAGAGAUUAGCAUUAUGGAUUGAAUAUUCUCGUGGGUUAGAAUUAUGGGAACAAGAAAGAAUCAAGAUGGACCAACAAUUGCGUGUGUUACAUCCCUCUGAUGAUGAAAUGAGACGAGAAAUAGAUUCUGGUGAUUUGAGAAAGCAGAACCAGUUACAGCUUCAACAGCAGCAGCAGCAACAACAACAACAGUUUCAUGAAGGAACUUUGGAUUUGCCUACUGUUUCAUCAAGAAGAAGUCGGCGCCAUGGAGAUUUGGUCACGACUGAAGCUGAAUUUCAAGAAAUUUUGUUGUCAUUGGGUCAAGAAGAAGAUGAACAUCCUUUGGUUAAGGCUGAGCGUGUUGCAGCUCCAAUUCCUGAUUUGAUAUUGGAUCCUAUCGAACGUCGUGAAAUUAAGUUUAUGGAUUCCAAUAAUAUCGUUCAUGAUAAGGCUCAAUGGGCACAACGUUUACAUACUUCGUUCCUUUCCAAUUUCUCGGAGCGUGAACAUGAAUUAUUCUGUGAGGGGUUCUGUAUGUAUCCUAAACGAUUUGGUGCAAUAUCUCGUCAUAUGGGUGGUAUAAGAACGUCUUCUGAAUGUGUCGAUCACUAUUAUAUUACUAAGAAAUCAGUGAAUUAUAAACAAUUGUUGAUUCAAUUUAAGAAGAGAUCAUCGAAGAAAAGAAGAGGCAAAUCUGUUCGUUCCAGAAAUGUGUCACAAACUCCCGCGUCAACACCAAUCAAUGAAGAAUCUUCUACGCUUGAACAACCGACUGAUGAGACGGCUUCUGAAUUCGAAAAUACUACUAUUCCCGAAGUUACACCACCAGUUAUAGUUCCGCCUGAAAUAGGACGAAAUGAACAAUAUAGCGAAGAGGAAUUAUUUACUGAGACUGGAAGAAGGAAACGUGCUGCUGCACCGGUAUUUGACAAAUCCAAAGACAAACAACAACCAGCUGUUGAUGGCCCAAGCAAAAAGAAGCAAAGAAGUGUUUCAAGAAGAGAUGAACCAAUUCCACCAAAUGGAUCAAUAGAUACUGAAAACACAGAACUUUCUCCUGAACUUACCAACCCAGCUAUUCCUACUUUGAGUCAAGGAUCUGAUUAUAGCGGAGCAGACAAUCGCCGUAAGAUCAUUUCCAGUUAUUGGAGUAUCACUGAAAAGAAUGCAUUUCCUAAACUUUUAGAAGAACACGGGACAAAAUGGACAACGAUUGCUGAUCACUUGACCACUAAAACUGCCACCAUGGUUCGUAAUUAUUAUCAAAGAAAAGCGGAAAAGAAUGGAUGGAAUGUUAUCGCUGAAGAGGCUAAUAAAAGGUUAGCUGCUAAAUUUGCUGCUGUUUUAAAUGCUGGGGGUGAUGAAGCCCAGAAACCUUCUGUGCAACUGAUUCCUGUUCAUUCGAUGUAUCAUGCAAAUGAUAUUCAAGGUCCUGGUAUGAUACAACCACAGCAACAACCGCAGAUUUCAACAGGCACAUUUCAACAUAUUAUUCCGUCUAUUGCCAAUGUUGUACAACAACCAAUUCAACACCACCAUGAAGUUCCAAAGCACGUUGGUCCUUCGAUUAGUAAUUUGCUUGCAGAUGAUUCUGCCCCAUAUCAAUCUCCAAUCCAAUUGCAAACACCGCAUCAACGUAGUUCUAUUAUGAAUCUUUUGAAUAAUGAUUCUAGUCCAGUCAAGGUUGAACCACAACAAGAACAAAUGAUUCCAACUCCAGCACCACCAGCACCACCACAUAGGGCAAUGACUAAUUUACGAGAUUUAUUGAAUGCUCCUUCGUCACCAGCUGAACCCCAGGCUGAACUGAACAUUAAACGAGGAGGCAUUGCCAAUUUACUAUCUGCAGAUCCCCAGCUGCAGUAA